GCCGCGUCCCCGCCACCCAACACUCCAAAGCCGGCAGGAAGUGGCUCUAUGCAAAUAGUGCGGGUGCCUGCCAAUGGGAAGAAGGCUGGGGGGCGGGGAUUAACAGGGGGCGUGGUCUCGACCUUCCUCUGUAGAGUGUACAGCGCAGCCGCUUCUGCGCAGAGGGAGUGGAACCGUGGGCUCUUCACCUGUAACACUUCGCGCUGUAUCGAAGUGCUCGGGGUCCAGAGAGCGAAAGGCACCAAGGAACUAGUGGGACCACAGGCGAGGGGUUCUCGCUGGCACAAUCCACCCGCUCAGUAAUAAACCAAAGGCUAUUCUUUCAGAGCUGAUCAACGAAUUUAGUUACUUAAUGAAAUGAAGAAAGAAUCCGCAAGUUUGAGAGGCUAAAGUAUUUUUUUUUUUUUAAUCCUACGGCAUUGUCAAAUCCAGUAAUCUGAGGUGCAGUAAAGACUUUGGGCUCCAGAGUGUCACGGGACAACAUGAGCGAGUACUGGUUAAUUUCGGCUCCUGUGGAUAAAUCAAACCAACAAAUAUGGGAACGAAUGAACACUGUGACCGAAAAAGCCAAUUUAUCGAAUAACUUUAAAUUCCCGAUCCCAGAACUCAAGGUGGGGACAUUGGAUUCAUUGGUUGGCCUCUCGGAUGAACUAGGAAAGCUUGAUACGUUUGUUGAAGGCAUUGUGAAGAAGCUGGCACAAUAUACAGCAGAUAUUAUGGAGGAUUCCAAGGAUAAAGCUCAAGAAAAUCUGUUGGCCAGUGGAGUUGAUCUGCAUAGAUACGUGACACAUUUUCAGUGGGAUAUGGCUAAAUAUCCUAUAAAACAGUCACUUCAAAACAUAACAGAAGUCAUUACCAAGCAAAUUUCACAGAUUGAUACUGACUUAAAGUCUCGGGCAAUGACGUAUAACAACACAAAGGGAAACCUACAAAAUCUGGAAAGAAAAGCAGUGGGUAGUCUUUUGACCCGUACCUUAGCAGACAUUGUAAAUAAGGAAGACUUUGUGUUAGAUUCAGAAUAUCUCACAACUCUUCUGGCAUUUGUCCCGAAGUCCAAUUAUGUUUCCUGGCAAAAGACAUAUGAAUCUCUGUCUGACAUGGUGGUUCCUCGAUCAACCAAGAUGAUCAUUGAAGAUAUGGAGGGUGCCCUCUUUACAGUAACUCUCUUCAAAAAAUAUGUGGAUGAAUUCAAAACCAGAGCCAGAGAAAACAAGUUUCUGGUGCGAGAAUUUAACUAUAGCGAAGAGGAAUUGCAUGCUGAAAAGGAGGAAAUGACACGACUAAAUGCAGACAAGAAACAACAGUAUGGUCCCUUGCUGCGUUGGCUAAAGGUUAAUUUUAGUGAAGCGUAUAUUGCCUGGAUCCACAUAAAGGCUUUAAGAGUUUUUGUUGAAUCUGUUCUUCGAUAUGGGCUUCCAGUUAACUUCCAGGCCAUGCUUCUUCAGCCAAAUAAGAAAACCAUGAAACGAUUACGCGAUGUGCUCAAUGCACUUUUUAAACACCUAGAUGAAGUUGCUGCUGCAAGCACCAUUGAUGCCAACGUGGAUAUCCCUGGACUGAAUGUCAACCAACAGGAUUACUAUGCCUAUGUCUACUUCAAGAUUGACAUUGACUUAUUUAACUUCAAGUAAAGCUUCGGCAAUAAUGUGAAAAAUAGGAGUUGCUUGAUUUUAUGUUUGGAAUAUUAUAUAUAUAUA